ACGCAGAAAGUCACCAGAAGGCUCCUGUAACUUCACUCCAAGCAAAAACCAUGGUGGACACAGCCGAGGCGGAACAGCUCCUCCGCCAGGGCCUAGGCAAGCGCGGCAACCGACAGGAGAGUCCUGGGGAUACCGCAGCCACCACAGACUCAGACAUGCUGUCCAACGGUAUCCAUGGUUACGAGCAGCUGACGCAGAGCGCCACCUUACAGUGGGUCAAACGGCUGGUUACCAUGACCUUGGUGCCCAUCUUCCUCAUCAUGUUUGUACCCAAUCUGGUGAUCCUGAUCUGGUACACGGUGAUGCACUGCGAGGGAAGCUACAUGAAGAUGUAUUCCGUCUUCCAGGGUCGCUCCGUUCUAGCGGGGCUCCGCGAUAUAUGGUCGCUGGUCAACUACCCGUCUGCCCCCAUUGUCUGGAUUCUGAUUGGUUACUGCGCCUAUGCUCUCGCCAUGAUGAAGCUGCUCCCAGGGAAGACGGUGACCGGUCCGCUGACCCCUAAAGGCAACACACCGGUGUACAAGGACAACGGCUUUGUGUUCUUCGUGCUGACCAUCGUUCUGUUCUGGGCACUCACCCUGGCGCUGCGACCGUUCGGCCUGUCACCCUCCAUCCUGUACGACAGGUUCGACGAGGUGCUCUCCCUGCUCAACAUCUUCAGCCUGUUCUUCUGCGCUGUCCUGUACCUGAAGGGAAGGUUCUGCCCCUCCUCCACGGAUUCGGGCUCCUCCGGUAACCUCAUCUUCGACUACUACUGGGGGAUGGAACUUUACCCCCGCGUGUUUGGGUUCGACAUCAAAGUCUUCACCAACUGUCGGUUCGGCAUGAUGGUGUGGGCCCUGCUGGUGUGCGUUCACGCAGUCAAAAGCUUCGAGCUGCACGGGUUUGUCGACUCUAUGUUUGUCUCCGCUUUCCUCCAGAUUCUGUACAUCACCAAGUUCUUCUGGUGGGAGGCCGGCUACCUGCGCACCAUCGACAUCAUGCUGGACCGCGCUGGAUUCUACAUCUGCUGGGGCUGUCUCGUCUACAUCCCCGGACUGUACGCGUCCGUGUCCUACUACCUCGUGGAGCAUCCCGUCAACCUGGGUCCCUUCGUCACGCUGCUAUUUUUAGCCCUGGGCGCCCUCAGCAUCUACAUCAACUUCGACGCGGACAACCAGAAGCAGGAAGUACGCUACGCCGACGGCAACUGUCUCAUCUGGGGCCGCAAGCCAGACAUAAUCCGCGCCAAGUACCAGCUGGAGAACGGGGACGUAAGGGAGAGCAUCCUGCUGGCCUCAGGCUGGUGGGGUCUGUCACGCCACUUCCACUACAUCCCUGAGAUCAUGCUGGCGUUCUUCUGGUCAGUGCCAGCGCUGGGCGACAACAUCAUGCCCUACUCCUACGUCAUCUGGCUGGUCAUCCUGCUCACCCAUCGCAGCUACCGCGACGACACAAAGUGCGGCAAGAAGUACGGAUCUUUCUGGAACCAGUACUGCAAGAAAGUGCCGCACAAGAUCGUGCCCUAUCUGUUCUAACUAACCCGGCUGGUGGUGCCACCUAGGUGCCCUCAAUCAUUUCUCUCUGCUCCUGGACGUUGUUUUUUUUUGGUGUGUUUUCCGAGAUUGUUUGUGCAAUGUUCUUUUCUCCCCUCUCAGUUUGAUGUGGCGUCGAUGGUCUAGCGGUUAGGCUGUUGGGCUCAUGACCAGAAGGUCGUGGGUUUGAACCCAUUAGGGACCGGUGUUGUGUCCUUGGGAAAGGCA